CGAGGAUGUAAGGAUGGGAAUUUGGAAUUACAUAAUUAUAUAAUCAAAUGAUGAUCAUCCUCCAUCUGCGCUAAUGCAUUCUUGUUAAUCUCUCUGCUUCCAUCUUCCCUCAAAUCGAUCAUGUGUGGUCGCUUUGCACAAGCAUUACCACCGAGAGAUUAUUAUGAUGUCGUAGACGAUCAAUUGCAAGGAAAGAGGAGGCCAAAAGAAGGCGACUCAGGUUCAGGUGGUGAGAACAUCAAGUCUGGACCACAGCUUCAACUCCACUCACAAGUCGGCGAACAAGAUUAUCAUCCGACAUACAAUGUUGCACCCGGUGUUCAAGUUCCAAUCGUACGAUUAGAAGAUCCUGUCCCUCUGACUUCUUCCGGCAAAAGUGGCGAUCAGGCCUUGUUGAUUCAAUGUAUGCGCUGGGGAUUGCUUCCACAUCACACAACCUUUAUUCCACGUGGAGUGGAUGCUAUGCGAACGAUUAAUGCUCGUGAUGAUGCUGUGUUGAGUGGAAGGAGUAUGUGGACUCCUAUUCUACGAUCCGGUAAGCGUUGCAUAGUAUUUGCUCAAGGGUUCUAUGAAUGGCUAAAGAAGGAUGAAGGUGCACAAAAGAUUGCACAUUUUGUUGGAGUGCAGAUACCCGGAAAUGGUAGAAAGGAUGCUGAUGGGAAGCAGAGAGGGAUGAUGCCAAUGGCAGGAUUAUGGGAAAAGUGCACAAUCGAUGGAAAGGAUGUGUACUCUUUUACGAUCAUCACAACGGAUUCAAACGAUCAAUUGAACUUUUUGCAUGAUCGUAUGCCCGUUAUUCUACCCGAUGAAAGGGCUAUGCGUAUUUGGCUUGGUAUUGGAGAGGAUGUGACGCAGGAAGAAGUGCGUAAGCUUUUGCGGCCGUAUCCCGCACAAUUGGACUGCUAUCCUGUUCCAAGAGAGGUAGGAAAGGUGGGUAACGAUAAUGCAAACUUCAUCUUGCCGGUUUCAAUGAGAAAAGACGGCAUACAAGCAGCAUUUGGAAGGGCAAAGCAGAAAGAUAAAGAGCAACAGACACCUAUCAAAGAAGAAAGUCUCUCUACAGAAAAAGCUACAAAAGAGGAAGAGAAAGGUCAACAGUCUGCUACGACCGAAACAAAUGCUCCCAUCAAAGAAGAAGUUGUCUCUGCGAACAAAGCCGCAAAAGAGGAAGACAAAGACAUCAACAACGGCACACCUUCCUCUAAAUAUUCACCAGAGCCUUUCAAUCCGCCUCUUUCACCUGAAAGGCCAAAAGGAGGUUAUAGCACGGUGGAUAAUCCCGAUCCGACGCCGUACAGAAGGCGUGGUCAGGCAACUCCAACGAAGCGAGAACAUCCUUCCCCAGGCGUAGGAGCGGGAAACAGUGCAAAAAAGCGUCAAUUGGAAGAAUCAGCAAAAGGAACAAAGGAUAUUCGUAGCUUCUUCAGCAGCAAGUAGUGGAACAUGACUUUUUUGUAUUUAUAGUUUGUACUUUUAUAUUUUCGUUCAACUCUGAUUUGAAAAUGAAUGGCUUUAAUGUACAUGAAUUGA